AUGCGAGCGUGUGUUAUAGGCGCGGGUGCGGGCGGUCUGUGUGCGGCCCGACAUCUAUCACAAUAUCACUCAGUAUUCACUUUCGAUGUCUACGAGAAGACAACAAAAGUGGGCGGCGUUUGGAAUUACACCGAUUCGGUCGGUUUGGACACCAAUGGACUCCCAAUACACACGAGUUUGUAUAAGAAUAUGAGGUAUUCAAUACCAUUCAUUCCCAAAGACAUUAAAGGGUUGCAAACAUUCAAAGGAAAGGUAUUACACACUCAUGACUAUAGAGUGGCCGACGGUUUCGAGGGAGAGGUAGUGUUGGUGUUGGGCGGCGGGCCCUCCGAUUUCAAAAUUAAAGAGAACUUUUUGGUUCUCAUCGCUUCUAUACUUAAGUUAUUUUCUCAACAAAACGCCCAAAAGAUUCUAAUCGACAGAGUGUUCACAAGUUAUAUAGAAAACAAUUUAACCAAUAGAUCUCAAGUGAAGCCAUUGUUUGAUGUGUUGAAGUUUGUGACCAAAUGUUGUCCUCAUCUCUUCCACGACAUCAUCGGACAAAUCAAUAGAAGUAUUGAAUCGAUUGAAACCAAGAGAAACCUCGGAGCAGACUUUACGCUAAGGAAUACUUCAAAAGACUUCUGUCCUGAGUUACCGAAUUACAGACGGUAA